CUGGUGCCGGAUUGACCUCCUCGGGACCAAGUCCUGGUGCCGGAUUGACCUCCUCGGGACCAAGUCCUGGUGCCGGAUUGACCUCCUCGGGACCAAGUCCUGGUGCCGGAAUGACCUCCUCGGGACCAAGUCCUGGUGCCGGAAUGACCUCCUCGGGACCAGGUCAGCACUUGUUUUCUGGUCCAACUCCAUCCUCUGCACUUGUCGUGACCACAUCCAGAGGUAACACUGGUUCCAGGACUACACAGGGGUCCUCCGGACCGGGUAGUGGGGAGUUAGAUGGUAACCUUCACUUGGUACAGUCAGCCAUGACCUGGUCAGAAUCCCGGACUUUCUGUCGCACCUACUACACUGACCUUGCCAGCAUAUCCUCCGAUGAGGAGCAGUCCGCCAUUGCAGCCCUACUCUUCAGCCACAUCCCCAGCAAUGGAUUCUGGUUUGGGCUAAAGCGAAAUCGUUUUUGGGGCAAUUGGUACUGGAGCAAUGGCCGGGUAUGGGGGCAGUACAGCUUCUGGGGCGAAUCAGAACCAAGUGACCCAUCAUCCAAACUAUGUGGGCUCCUUUCUGGAGACCCCGGCAGAAACUUCAGCUGGAGCUCUGCCUGCUGCGGAGCGGAUCUGCCCUUUGUGUGCUACUGAGGUGAGGACCUAGAGUGGGGCAAAUAUGUAUUUAGUCAGCCCCCAAUUGUACCCGUUCUCCCCCUUAUAAAGAUGAGGCUGUAAUUAUCAUCAUAGGUUAUAACCUCAACUAUGAGACAGAAUGAGAAAUCCA